CGUGCCGCAGUCCAGACCGUCCCGGAGCAAGAUGGCGUCGGGCGGUGGGUCUUGCUGAGAGCGAGCGGCUUCAACGAAAAAAGGAACAGCUGCGCUUCGGGCUAUUUGUGCUAAUAAUGCGAGUGUGAGAUGUUUUCCGCUCCGACAGUGUUGAUGACAAGACCUGCUCUCUCUAUGCGGACGAGGAGUGAGGAGUUGUGCAGCUGCAGUUAUCACAUACAUAAACAUUUCUUUAGGACUCCCAGUUCCUGAGUGUUUAUCAAACACAAGCUCGGGCUCCGGCUCCGGCUCCGGCUCUGGAGGAAAUGGCAGACUCGCAGCAUCGGCCCUGUGCCGCCAGCAAACCGCCGCACUCCCAGCCACUGACUCUCUCACGGCUCCGAGAAGAGCACGGAAAGUUCUGCAUAUUCAUCAAUAUCGUUUUUAGGAUGGAUGAGUGGAAGGCAUUUACUACUGGGGCUCCUCUCAGCAGCUGCUCAGUGUCUCAGAUAACCAGGAAGGCCUGUGAAGAGGUGGAGGUGUACGUCAGUGCCGGAAUCGAUGGAUUGAUUGUGGAAAAUAUGCACGAUAUUCCUUACAGCAUGACUGUUGGUCCAGAAGUAACCGCCAUCAUGGCAACUAUCUGUGCUACUGUGAGAAACUCUUAUCCCAAUAUUCCUCUGGGUAUUCAGAUUCUUUCUGCAGCCAAUCAGCAAGCAUUGGCCGUUGCACUUGCUGCAGAUGCUGAUUUUAUUCGAGCUGAAGGUUUUGUGUUCUCGCAAAUUUCAGAUGAAGGAUUUUUAAAUGCAUGCGCUGGUGACCUUUUGAGAUAUCGCAAACAAAUAGGAGCUGAACACAUUCAAAUUUUUACUGACAUUAAAAAAAAACACAGCUCACAUGCUGUGACAUCAGAUGUCAGCAUAUCAGAGACAGCCAGGGCUGCUGAAUUCUUCCUGUCUGAUGGAGUCAUACUGACUGGAAUUGCAACUGGAAAGCAGGCAAAUCCUGAGGAGCUGAAGGAAGUUAAACAGGCUGUAAGAAUUCCUGUCCUAAUUGGCUCUGGUGUGACAGUUGAAAACAUGGAGGAGUACAUGGAUGCAGAUGCCAUGAUUAUUGGCUCACAUUUCAAGAAAUCAGGAUACUGGGCGAACGAAGUUGAUUUUGAACGGAUUAAGAAAUUUAUGACCAAGAUGAAGAAACUCAGAAAAUAAAAGUUGAGCAAGACAUUUUCAACUGUGAUCUCCAGCAUCUGCAGACAUUUUCAGCUGUGAUCUCCAGCAUCUGCAGACCUCAUUUUUUACUCGAAGAUUUUAACCUACUGCGAAUCCUCUUGCCUUCCUUGAAGAAGUUCUCUUCCUCCCUCUACAAGGAUUUCAGUGAGUCUCUCUCUCACUGCACCCCACAGGUCAUCUCCUCUGCACAAUCUCCUUCCUGACCUCUCCGCCCCCACCCCACUCCGGCCUAUCACCCUCACCUUGACCUCCUUCCACCUAUCCCACCUCCAUCGCCCCUCCCCCAAGUCCCUCCUCCCUACCUUUUAUCUUAGCCUGCUUGGCUACUCUCUCUCAUUCCUGAUGAAGGGCUUAUGCUCGAAACGUCGAAUUCCCUAUUCCUGAGAUGCUGCCUGGCCUGCUGUGCUUUGACCAGCAACACAUUUUCAGCUGUGUUCUCCAGCAUCUGCAGACCUCAUUUUUUACUCCAAGAUACUUUGAAAGCAAGCUAUGCAAUGAAACAAGUCUGAUUUUACUGGUACCUCUUAACUAUUUUAAAUAUAAUAAAUUAGAAAUAUUUAAUAAA